ACAACAUUUUUUUUUGAGCGGGUGAAACGAUACAAAUGAUACUAAUGCAAAUACCGGGAAAAGUCAAGGUCAAGAUACGGCGGAUAAAACAUAGACAUGUAGGUACUCAUGGUGGUAGGCGUAAAGGUCCUCCAUCAUAUGAUGAUGUACUUGAGAGUAAGAAACUCGAGAUCCAGAGUUUUGAAACACAAAGUCUUACCAGCGCAUACGACUUUCAGGAUAAACAGACCCUUAACAGCAUAAUAGAUGAUAAGGAUGAGGACUUUGAUCUCCUCCCAAAGUUCCAGGACAUUAUUGAUGAAUCUACCGAGGGUACACCCCAUGAAUGUGAUAGAGGUGAGAGUUUAAAAGUUACAGAUACGGGCAAUGAUAGUCUCAAAGACACGGGUGUCAGUGAGAGUGUUAAGAGUCUAAUUCCCACCGCCGCCAGUGAGGUGCAACCCCCAUCCCAGGUGCCAAGCCUUCACUUUUCACGCCCACGGUUCAAGUCGGACGUGGGCAAGCAUCAACCCCACUCGAUGUCCACCAAACAUCGAGCGGUGAUGAGAAACCAAAAAUUAGUGAUGCUUCAGCAUCAUCAGCUCCGUAUGGUCAAGUUGGUGGUAUUGAUUUACAUGGUAUAUUUAUUAAUGGGACAUUUGUAUUAGGUUAGUUAGGACAAUAGAUAAUCAAGUAAGUUUAGUUUAAAGAGCAGGGGAUUAUCUGCAGGUAUCUACGGCCAGAGCUGGUGAGGGCCGGCUAUAAAAGCAAACAGUCUUAAAGUGAGACUAGAACACUCUGGGGAUGUGGGGUGUGUAUGGGUCCACAAUCCAAGGCUUGCUGUAAGAGGAGAUAGUAGCUGAUAUGCAUGUAUCUUCUGACCCCAGCCUCCCACUGCAUAUGGUCAGAUGAUUGUGUAAAAAACAGAUGUUUAUGGGCUGAGCAAAAUUAACACCGCUUAUCUCAGCGCACCACCACCACCACCCGUACCAUCGGGUGCUGAUUCGGCAGCAAAAACAAAUCCUAAGUUCCGCUUAUGUCAGCGCGCUUGCGCCCAAAAGCGCACUAAAGCCCACGGCAAUAGCACCUAAUGCGGUAACUACCCAAGCUCCGUCCGUGUCCGCGCUCCAAUCCCGUGUCUCUUUCGAAUAUUCUUCAUGCUCAGCCAGGUGUAUCAAUUGUCUACUCAGUCAUUCUAUCGAAAUAUGUGGUAAUUAAAAAUUCUAGGUACAAGAAAUAAAGGUCGUAAAAGGUCGUAAUCAGUCGUAGUCAUCAUCACCAACAAUAGUGAGCUUUAAAACACUUCGUUGAUCGAAUAUAUAGCAUCAUUUCUGUGGUGAUGGUGUUGAUGCAACUUGUUGUUGUGGAACAAAGAAUGGUGGUCGAUCACACUGGGAGACGCCUUGAAGUGGCUGCCAUCAAAUUCGUCGUCACUCUCUUCGCUGUCGGAAAUUGAUAACCCAGGUACUUCCGACUCUUCUUGGAUGGUACCAAGCUUCAUGGGUGUGGACAAAUCCACCUUAACAGCCGUGUAUGAACGUUCAUCCUCCUCUUCUUCUUCUUCCUCGGAACUGUAGUAGUAGUCGUCCGAAUCUGAAUCGUAGUCAUCCAAUUCGACGUCUGAGUCACUAUCACUUGACACUUCAUAUUCUUUUAUGCUAGUGGUAUAUUGUGGCGAUGAAGUGUCCGAUUGACGCUGAGUCUUUGGAAGUUCGAACUUUACUCUGUUCAAUUUGUCUAGACGUUUGGAGUUUUCACUUGCGAUAUGGUCCAUCAAAUUGUCUAACAUGUUGGCUUGUACCACCAAGCUUCUUAACGAUACUUUGGGAUUGGAGGCAUCCUUUGUAAGUUUGCCUCUCACUUUGGAGGCCAAUACAUAGGUUUGGGCAAAAGACAUUUGAGUAGAGGAUGACAUGAUUGACAAUUAGGUUGUUGAUAAGUCUAA